AUGAUGCAGAUGAAGAAACCAAGGAAACAUCUGUAUGGAUUGUUUCAUUACAACCCCACAAUGCUUGGACUUGAAUCACUUCCAGAUCCCACUGAUACCUGGGAAAUUAUAGAAACCAUAGGUAAAGGCACCUAUGGCAAGGUCUACAAGGUAACUAACAAGAGAGAUGGGAGUCUGGCUGCAGUAAAAAUUUUGGAUCCAAUCAGUGAUAUGGAUGAAGAGAUUGAAGCAGAAUACAACAUUUUGCAGUUUCUUCCGAAUCAUCCCAACGUUGUAAAGUUUUAUGGGAUGUUUUACAAAGCGGAUCACUGUGUGGGAGGACAGCUGUGGCUGGUCCUGGAGUUGUGUAAUGGGGGCUCAGUCACCGAACUUGUCAAAGGUCUACUCAGGUGCGGCCAGCAUUUGGAUGAAGCAAUGAUCUCAUACAUCUUAUAUGGGGCCCUCUUGGGCCUUCAGCAUUUGCACAAUAACCGAAUCAUCCACCGUGAUGUCAAGGGGAAUAACAUUCUACUGACAACAGAAGGAGGAGUUAAGCUCGUUGACUUUGGUGUCUCUGCUCAACUCACCAGUACACGUCUACGGAGAAACACAUCUGUUGGCACCCCAUUCUGGAUGGCUCCUGAGGUCAUUGCUUGUGAGCAGCAGUAUGACUCUUCCUAUGACGCUCGGUGUGACGUCUGGUCCUUGGGGAUCACAGCUAUUGAACUGGGGGAUGGAGACCCUCCGCUCUUUGACAUGCAUCCUGUGAAAACGCUUUUUAAGAUUCCAAGAAAUCCUCCACCUACUUUACUUCAUCCGGAAAAAUGGUGUGAGGAGUUCAACCACUUUAUUUCACAGUGUCUUAUUAAGGAUUUUGAAAAGCGGCCUUCUGUCACACAUCUCCUUGACCACCCAUUUAUUAAAGGAGCCCACGGGAAGGCUUUAUUUCUGCAAAAACAGCUGGCCAAGGUCCUCCAAGACCAGAAGCAUCUAAACCCUGUUGUUAAAACCAGGCAUGAAAGAAUGCAUACCAGAAGACCCUAUCACGUGGAGGAUGCUGAAAAAUACUGCCUUGAGGAUGAUUUGGUCAAUUUAGAGGUUCUGGAUGAGGAUACAAUUAUUCGUCAGUUGCAAAAGCGUUAUGUGGACUUGCUGAUCUACACAUAUGUUGGAGACAUCUUACUUGCCUUAAACCCCUUCCAGAAUCUAAGCAUAUACUCUCCACAGUUUUCCAGACUUUAUCAUGGGGUGAAACGUGCCUCAAAUCCUCCCCACAUAUUUGCCUCAGCAGAUGCUGCUUACCAAUGUAUGGUUACUUUCAGCAAAGACCAGUGCAUCGUCAUCGGUGGAGAAAGUGGCUCUGGGAAGACGGAAAGUGCCCACCUGAUUGUUCAGCAUUUGACUUUCUUGGGAAAGGCCAAUAAUCAGACCUUGAGAGAGAAAAUUCUGCAAGUCAACUCCCUGGUGGAAGCCUUUGGAAAUGCAUGCACUGCCAUCAAUGACAAUUCCAGCCGUUUUGGAAAAUAUCUGGAAAUGAUGUUUACGCCAACUGGAGCUGUGAUGGGGGCAAGAAUCUCUGAAUAUCUACUUGAAAAAUCCAGAGUCAUAAAACAGGCAGUGGGAGAGAAAAAUUUUCAUAUAUUUUACUACAUUUAUGCUGGUCUUUAUCACCAGAAGAAACUUUCUGAGUUCAGACUUCCUGAAGAAAAGCCUCCUAGGUAUAUAGCUGAUGAAACUGGAAGGGUGAUACACGACAUAACUUCCAAGGAGUCUUACAGAAGACAAUUUGAAGCAAUUCAGCAUUGUUUCAAGAUUAUAGGGUUCACGGACAAGGAGGUGCACUCAGUGUACAGAAUUUUGGCUGGGAUUUUGAAUAUUGGAAGCAUUGAGUUUGCAGCUAUUUCCUCUCAACAUCAAACUGAUAAAAGUGAGGUGCCCAACGCUGAAGCUUUGGAAAAUGCUGCCUCCGUUCUCCGCAUCAGCCCUGAAGAACUCCAAGAGGCCCUUAUCUCACACUGUGUGGUCACCCGCGGUGAGACAAUCGUCCGAGCCAAUACUGUCGACAGGGCUGUGGAUGUCCGAGAUGCCAUGUCCAAAGCCCUGUAUGGGAGGCUCUUCAGUUGGAUUGUCAAUCGCAUCAAUACACUCCUGCAGCCAGAUAGAAACAUAUGUAAUGCAGAUGAUGGUAUGAAUGUAGGGAUCUUGGAUAUUUUUGGAUUCGAGAACUUUCAGAGAAAUUCAUUUGAACAGCUCUGCAUAAACAUCGCCAAUGAGCAAAUCCAGUACUAUUUCAACCAGCAUGUUUUCGCUCUCGAACAGAUGGAAUAUCAGAAUGAAGGCAUUGAUGCUACCCCCGUGGCGUAUGAGGACAAUCGCCCACUCCUGGACAUGUUCCUCCAGAAACCCCUGGGACUGCUUGCGCUUUUGGAUGAGGAAAGUCGAUUUCCCCAAGCAACUGAUCAGACCCUGGUUGAUAAAUUUGAAGAUAAUCUACGAAGCAAAUACUUCUGGAGGCCUAAAGGAGUGGAGCUGUGCUUUGGCAUUCUGCACUACGCUGGGAAGGUAUUAUACGAUGCUUCUGGGGUUCUUGAGAAAAACAGAGACACUCUCCCUGCUGAUGUGGUUGUGGUCCUGAGAACGUCAGAAAACAAGCUUCUGCAGCAACUCUUCUCGAUUCCUUUGACCAAAACAGGUAACUUGGCCCAGACAAGAGCCAGGAUAAUAGCAGCCUCAAGAUCUUUGCCUCCCCAUUUCAGUGCUGGGAGAGCCAAGGUGGACACUCUGGAGGUGAUACGACAUCCAGAAGAAACCACCAACAUGAAGAGGCAGACCAUGGCUUCUUACUUCCGGUAUUCUCUGAUGGAUCUGCUCUCCAAAAUGGUGGUCGGACAGCCCCACUUUGUGCGCUGCAUUAAACCCAAUGAUGACCGAGAGGCCCUGAAGUUCUCCCGAGAGAAUGUGCUGGCCCAGCUCCGCUCUACAGGGAUCCUGGAGACAGUCAGCAUCCGCAGGCAGGGGUAUUCCCACCGCAUCCUCUUUGAAGAGUUUGUGAAAAGGUAUUAUUACUUGGCAUUCAAAGCACAUGAAACACCUCUUGCCAGCAAAGAGAGCUGUGUUGCUAUCUUGGAAAAAUCCAGAUUAGAUCACUGGGUGCUGGGAAAAACAAAGGUUUUUCUCAAAUAUUAUCAUGUCGAGCAGUUAAAUUUGUUGCUGCAAGAAGUCAUAGGCAGAGUGGUUGUGCUGCAGGCAUAUGCCAAGGGGUGGCUUGGAGCCAGGAGAUACAAAAGAAUCAGAGAGAGGAGAGAGAAGGCGGCGAUUGCCAUUCAGUCAGGGGCUCUAAUAGAUCAUAAAAGCAGUCCACAAAGAGAAUUCAACAGUGGCCAUGCAGAGACUUCAAGCAACUCUUCUGCUGUCACUGAGAAAAAUCGGCAUCCACAAGCCCAGUGUUCUCCAAAAGGGUGUGAUGUCUCCGCAGGACAUUCACAUAAGCAUUCCGUUUCUGGGACUGAUCUACUGUCUUCUCAGACAUGCCAUGCUGCCCCAGGUCGCCCAGGACCAAGUCCCUCAAGAGGAGCCCCUGCAAAAUCUGUUUCAGAAAAUGGUCUUAUACAGAAGCAGCGAACACCUCGCCGAAGAUGUCAGCAGCCCAAAAUGUUGAGUAGCCCUGAGGACACCAUGUACUAUAACCAGUUAAAUGGAACUCUAGAAUAUCAAGGGAGCAAGAGGAAGCCAAGAAAACUUGGCCAAAUCAAAGUGCUUGAUGGGGAAGAUGAAUAUUACAAAUCCUUGUCACCUGUGGACUCUAUUCCCGAGGAAGACAACCCAUCCUGCCCUUUCUUUUCUUCCUCAUCCUCAAAAGGAACAUCUUUUGCUCAGUACUGAAGUGUACUUCCUGCCCCCCAAGUCUGUUGAGGAUAGUAUCUCUGCGAGAAUACCUGACAUGAAGAAAACCAACAAGCUGAAAAAUACUGUCAAGACAAAAUAACUGACCUUGGACAAAAUAGAAAUCAUUCUGGGAAUAGAACAGUUUUUAAAAGCUUCACUGGAAACCAUUGGUGUUCAUGUUGUGAGCUGCUGGCUUUUCUUCCAUUUUGGUUCAUCUGCAGACAUGCCUCCAUCCACUUUAACUUUCUUUAUUUUUAAAUGUCAUGCAAAUACAGAAAAGGGCACAAAUCAGAGGACUCAACUCAUUAAGUUAUCAGAAAGUGAAUGUCUAUAUAACUGCCCCUACAGUCAAGUUAUCUAUGUAACCACUCCUACAGUCUGAUAUGUUAUUAGAAAGUGAGUAUAUAUAAACCUUCUGUGGGUCGAGUGGAACGUUGUCAGCACACUAGAAGUCCCCCUCUUGUCCAUUCCCAAUCACCCACCUCUCCAAAGACAAGCACUCUCAUGACUCUUGUGGUAAAUACUUCCUUGGUUUUCUUUAUAAUUUUACCACUUACAAACAUCCCUAAACACUAUAGUUAAAUUUUGCCUCUUAUAGUUAGGUUCUGGGAACUUUAUAUAAAUGGAAUCAUGUAGCAUGUAAUCUUUUGGGUUUUGUUUCUUUUAUUUGGUGUUAUAUUUGUGAGAUUAAUCUAUGUUGUAGAAUGUAAACAUAGCUCAUUCAUUUUCAAAACUAUGUAACAUUUCAGUAUAUGAAUUGACUUAGCCAUUCUGCUUUUGAUAGACAAAUAUGAAUUAUUUCCAGUUUGGGGCUAUUCUGGACAUUGCUACUAUGAACAUUGUUGUGUGUCUCUUGGUGUCUAUUUGCAUGCAUUUCUGUUGGCUAUAUACGUAGGAUUAGGAUGGCAGAGUUCUAAGGUACCCAUAUCUGCACUUCAGUAGGUAAUACCAAACUGUUUUCCUAAGUGAUUUUACCAAUUUACAGUCAUACCUGUGACAUAAAAGAGCUUCCAUUGUUCUGUAUUCUCUCCAAUUCUUGUUAUUAUCGGUCUCCUUCAUGUGGGCACUCUGAUGGGUAUAUAUUAGAAUCUCACUGUUGAUUGAUAGCUUACAUAUCUCUGAUUAAUAAUGAUACUGAGCACAUUUUCAUACUUUAGUGGCCUAAAAUUUUAGAUACCUCCUUUUGUGAUAUGCCCAUUUUUAUUUGGGUUAACUACAUAUUUUCUUUUAAUUUGAAGAAGUGUAUUAUAUAUUGUUAGUUAUAUGUGUUGCAAAUAUUUUCUCCACUAGGUGGUUUGUCCUUUCAUUCCCUUAAGGUAUCUUUUGAUUAAAAAAAAAAGUUUGUAAUGUUAACAUAAUACAACUUAUCGGUGUUUUUCUGUUUGAUUAGUACUUUUUUAUAGCCUAUUAAGAAAUCUUAUCCAGCCCCAAGGUCAUAAAGGUAUUUACCUUUAGGAUUUUCUGGAGACAUUAUUGUCUUGCCUUUCACAUUUAGAUCUUCAACCCACCCAGAAUCAAUUUUGUGAAUGCUAUGUGGUAAGGGCCAGUUUUCAUGUUUUCUAAUAAUGGAUAUUCAGCUGUCAAAGGCCCGUUUAAUGAAAAGGCCAUCUCUUUUCUACUGCUGUAAAAUACUACCAUUUACAUAAAUCAAGUAAUCAUGAAUCUGUUCCUAGAUUCUCUGUUCUGUUCUGUUGAUCUAUUAUCCUUGCCGUAAAUCCUAUACAUUUAUAAUAGGCUUUGGUAUAUGACAGAGCAAGUCUUCUAACACGGUUUUUCUUUUCCAAGAGACCUUUGAUUAGUCUGGGCUCUUUGCAUGUUAUAGAUUCAAAUAGUCAAUUUAUGAAAAAAAGAAAAAACUGUUGGUAUUUCUUUGGAAUUAUCUUGAGUCUGUAAGUCAAUUUGGAAGUAAUUGUCAUGUCUACAAUAUUGAAUUUUCCAAACU